AUGGACAGCAAAACGGGUGCUACCCAUAUCGAGACCGCUCACGCCCGUGAUGCCCAUAUCGUCCCCAUCGACCAGGAAGCCAAUGAUGAUAUCCAUCAUGUUAAUCUCUCCUGGAGGUCGUGGAUGGUCGUCUUCUGCUGUUGCUUCGCCGUCAUGUCUCAAGUCUUCGUGGUAGUGGCUGCGGGUUCAGUCCUCUCAUUCAUCAUCCGUGAGCUUGGGGAGCCUGCUAUCGCAAGUUGGAUUAUCCAGGGUCCGCUCCUCAUGCAAUCAGUCCUCUCUCCUCCCGUUGGCCGCCUGUCCGAUGUCUUGGAUCGCAAGUUGUUCGCGACUAUACCUCCGCUAAUUGCAUGCAUUGGCGCUAUUAUCUGUGCCAAAGCUACGAGCAUGUCCAUGUUGAUCGGAGGUGGUAUCCUCAUCGGCACGACGCUUGCGACCAUCUCCAUCGUUCAGUCUAUUCCUUCCGAGAUCUUACCUUUGAAGUAUCGACCCUUGGCAAAUGGACUCGCAGGUGUGGCCGGGGUCUUGGGUGGCACUGUCGGUAGUCUAGCGGCUGGUGCAGUGACGAAUCUCAGCGCUUCUGGCUGGCGCUACAUCUUUUGGAUCCAAGUCGGACUACACGGUAUCACAUCGCUCGGUCUGUUCGCUUUCUACUGGCCCAAGAAACGUACCGAAUAUCCUCGAAUGAGCUUCAAAGAGUGGAUGUGGGCUUGCGAUCCUAUCGGCUCUCUCCUACUCGUUGCUGCUGCUACUUUGAUGCUUUUGGCGCUCAACUGGGCAGGCGGAGCGUACAAGUGGAGCAACCCGCAUGUGUGCGCCAACCUUGCUGUUGGUAUCGUUCUGUUCAUCACGUUUUGUCUCUAUGAAUGGAAGGGUCGAUCGGACGGCAUCGUUGCACACGUUUUCUUCUCCACCGGACCAAAUUUCUGGCUCUCGACGUUUGCCUUCGCUAUCGAGGGUUGGAUCUACUACUCCGCCAUCAAUGCAGUUACACCGCAGCUCAUCCUCAACGUUGGGUUCGAGGAUAACUCAUGGGAUAUUGCUAUUCGCCAACUGUCCUACAAGAUCGCGUCAAUCUUUACUUCGCUGGCUGUGACGUGGUACGCAACCAAGUUCAAAGACCUGAAAACGCCACUUGCUGUCACCUUUGCCAUCAUGUUCAUCGCAUCAAUAUGCUUCGCGUUCAUCAGACCCGGCUGGGGUACUGAACAGAUCAUCUUCACAGCUUUAACGGGUAUUGGUUGCGCUGGCCCGCUGACACUGCUUGUCGCAUGCAUUCAGUUCACAGCCCCCCACGCCUUUCUUUCGACAGCCACCGGCCUUGCCUUCUCCGCCAGAGCUAUCGGUGGCGCUUUCGGUACCGCAGUCAUCUACGCCAUCGUCAACUCUCGUAUCGCAUCGCAUCUUGCCGGAGAUGUUGGCUCUGCCGCCAUCGCAGCCGGUCUGCCUGAGUCAUCAGUGCCUGCGCUCUUGAAAGGUAUGAAGGGAAGCUCGGUUACGAAAUUCAGAGGCGCAGGGGUGCCUGGUAUGAAUGAGGCUAUUAUCAACGCUGCGUGGGAUGCAAGCCAUUGGUCAUAUGCACAUGCUUACAGACUGGGUUACUGGAGUGUAGUACCCUUUGUUGCGCUUGCGACAAUUGCGGUUCUGUCAAUGAAGGGUAUCAAACAUCUGAUGACUGAGCAUGUAGAAGCGACCGUUGAGCACGAAAGUGAAGAUGAAGGGAAGGGUCUGGGUAAGGCAUAG